AUGGAGACAAUGAGACCAAAACAUCUGGUGAUGCUUAUUUUCCUUGUGCAUUACCUCUGCCCAGGCGUGGUCUCAGACGACUCGAUUCCCAUUCCAGCUAGUAAGGACGAAGUGAACAGUUGGUUCACCGCCAAUGUACAGCCCGCUUCAGAUAGAAAGAACCUCGACCCUAAACUGGCUAAGGCUGAGAGUAAACCGAAACAUAUUAAGGUGAGUAAGGAUGGGAAAGGAGAUUUUAAAACCGUUUCAGAGGCCAUAAAGAGCGUUCCUAAGGACAACACACAGCGAGUUAUCAUUUCGAUAGGCGGCGGGAAUUAUACGGAGAGAGUUCUUAUCGAAAGGGAGAAGCCCUUCAUCACCUUGUACGGUGAUCCUAAGGAUAUGCCGUCUAUCACUUUUCAUAGCACCGCUGCUAAAGACGGCACCGUAGGUAGUGCCACCGUGAUUGUUGAGGCCGAGUACUUCACAGCUGUUAAUCUUAACAUAUUGAAUUCGGCACCAAGGCCGGACGGUAAAAGGAAAGGAGCGCAAGCAGUAGCGCUAACACAGAGCGGGGACAAGGCUGCGUACUACAACUGCAAACUAUACGGAUUCCAGGACACGUUUUGUGAUGACAAAGGCAGACAUUUCUUUAAGGAUUGCUACAUCGAAGGCACCGUCGACUUUAUCUUUGGCAAUGGCAAGACUCUCUAUCUGAACACGGAAUUGCAUGUGCUGGAAGGCGUGAUCACAGCACAAGCACGACAUACAAACGCAGAGGACACAGGAUACUCUUUCGUGCACUGCAAAAUAACAGGACACAAAGAAGCCGGGUUUCUAGGCAGAGGGUGGAUGGCCUUUUCCAGGGUCAUAUAUGCCUAUACUGAAAUGACUGACGCCGUUAGACCCUUGGGAUGGCAUGGAGUGCCCGGCAAACCCCAUUAUGGAGGGACAACCUAUUUCGGAGAAUAUAAGAAUACAGGACCGGGAGCUAAAAUGGAUGGUCGUCCCAAUUUCGCUAAGAAGAUGACCGAUGAAGAAGUAAAGCCUUUCAUCACCCUUGGUUUUAUAGAGGGUUCCAAGUGGUUGCUUCCCCCUACCAAAGUCUGAACUCUUGUGCUAGCUUGCAUGCAUUCGCUACUACUUAACUAUCACAAUACAUAGAGAGGGAAUGAAUAGCGGAGAUGAUACAUAGAUAGAGACAUCAGAA